AGAAGAAGAUGAGGAUUAUUUGCAGACAGCUUGUCUUGUUGUUUUCUGGCUUUUGGGGACUAGCAAUGGGAGCUUUUCCUAGCAGUGUGCAAAUAGGGGGUCUCUUCAUCCGAAACACAGAUCAGGAAUAUACCGCAUUUCGCUUGGCAAUUUUUCUCCAUAACACCAGCCCCAAUGCGUCUGAAGCACCCUUCAAUUUGGUUCCUCAUGUUGACAACAUUGAAACUGCCAACAGCUUUGCUGUCACAAAUGCCUUUUGUUCCCAGUACUCUAGAGGAGUUUUUGCCAUUUUUGGACUGUAUGAUAAAAGAUCAGUACAUACUCUGACCUCCUUCUGCAGCGCCUUGCACAUCUCCCUCAUCACACCAAGCUUUCCCACAGAAGGCGAGAGCCAGUUUGUGCUGCAACUACGACCGUCUUUACGGGGAGCUCUCUUAAGUUUGCUGGAUCAUUAUGAAUGGAACCGUUUUGUCUUCCUAUAUGAUACAGAUCGGGGUUAUUCAAUACUUCAAGCUAUUAUGGAAAAAGCAGGACAAAAUAGUUGGCAAGUCAGUGCCAUCUGUGUGGAGAAUUUUAAUGAUGCCAGCUACAGGCGGCUUUUAGAAGACCUGGACCGAAGACAAGAAAAGAAAUUUGUAAUAGACUGUGAAAUAGAGAGGCUUCAGAAUCUUUUAGAACAGAUUGUGAGUGUUGGAAAGCAUGUUAAAGGCUACCAUUACAUCAUUGCAAACCUGGGAUUCAAAGAUAUUUCCUUGGAGAGGUUUAUGCAUGGAGGAGCCAAUGUGACAGGAUUUCAAUUAGUAGAUUUCAGUACCCCAAUGGUAACAAAACUGAUGCAGCGCUGGAAGAAGCUGGACCAGAGAGAAUAUCCAGGAUCUGAGACUCCUCCAAAGUAUACAUCUGCACUGACCUAUGAUGGGGUCCUCGUGAUGGCUGAAACCUUCCGUAAUCUCAGAAGGCAGAAAAUUGAUAUUUCACGGAGAGGGAAUGCUGGAGAUUGUCUAGCAAAUCCUGCUGCCCCAUGGGGUCAAGGGAUCGAUAUGGAGAGAACUCUGAAACAGGUUCGAAUACAAGGGCUCACAGGAAAUGUUCAGUUUGACCACUAUGGUCGCAGAGUCAACUACACAAUGGAUGUGUUUGAGCUGAAGAACACAGGGCCUCGUAAGGUUGGUUACUGGAAUGACAUGGAUAAAUUAGUUUUAAUUCAGCAUGAACCUUCCCUUGGAAAUGAUACUUCAGCCAUUGAGAACAGAACAGUAGUUGUAACUACAAUUUUGGAAGCCCCAUAUGUUAUGUUCAAGAAAAACCAUGAUACCUUUGAAGGGAAUGACAAGUUUGAAGGAUACUGUGUAGAUCUGGCAUCAGAAAUUGCAAAACAUAUUGGUAUCAAGUACAAAAUUGCCAUUGUCCCUGAUGGAAAAUAUGGAGCAAGGGAUCCAGAGACAAAAAUCUGGAAUGGGAUGGUGGGAGAACUUGUGUAUGGGAAAGCAGAGAUUGCUGUUGCACCUCUGACCAUCACUUUGGUACGAGAAGAGGUCAUUGAUUUUUCCAAGCCUUUUAUGAGUUUGGGAAUAUCCAUUAUGAUCAAAAAGCCCCAGAAAUCUAAACCAGGAGUGUUUUCCUUCUUGGAUCCUUUGGCCUAUGAGAUCUGGAUGUGCAUAGUCUUUGCCUACAUUGGUGUCAGUGUGGUCCUGUUCCUAGUUAGCAGGUUUAGCCCCUAUGAAUGGCACACAGAAGAACCAGAGGAUGGGAAAGAAGGACCCAGUGAUCAGCCUCCCAAUGAGUUUGGCAUAUUCAACAGCCUUUGGUUUUCCCUGGGUGCCUUUAUGCAGCAAGGGUGUGAUAUUUCUCCAAGAUCCCUCUCAGGUCGCAUUGUUGGAGGUGUUUGGUGGUUCUUCACACUCAUCAUUAUCUCAUCUUAUACUGCUAACCUCGCUGCUUUCUUGACUGUUGAGCGAAUGGUCUCACCCAUAGAAAGCGCCGAAGACCUUGCCAAACAAACUGAAAUUGCAUAUGGAACACUGGACUCAGGGUCAACAAAAGAAUUCUUCAGAAGAUCAAAAAUUGCAGUAUAUGAAAAGAUGUGGACCUACAUGAAAUCUGCAGAGCCAUCAGUGUUCACCCGGACUACAGCUGAGGGAGUAGCCCGUGUCCGUAAAUCCAAGGGCAAGUUUGCCUUCCUCCUGGAGUCCACCAUGAACGAAUACAUUGAACAGCGAAAACCUUGUGACACCAUGAAAGUGGGAGGAAAUCUGGAUUCGAAAGGCUAUGGAGUAGCUACACCGAAGGGUUCUCCAUUAAGAAAUGCUGUUAACCUCGCAGUUUUAAAACUGAAUGAACAAGGCCUCUUGGACAAAUUGAAAAACAAAUGGUGGUACGACAAAGGAGAAUGUGGCAGCGGGGGAGGUGACUCCAAGGACAAGACCAGUGCCUUGAGUCUCAGCAACGUUGCUGGAGUCUUCUACAUUCUGGUUGGAGGCUUGGGCUUGGCAAUGCUGGUGGCUUUGAUAGAGUUCUGUUACAAGUCCAGGGCAGAGGCGAAGCGAAUGAAGCUGACCUUUUCUGAAGCCAUAAGAAACAAAGCCAGAUUAUCCAUCACAGGGAGCGUAGGAGAAAACGGCCGUGUAUUGACUCCCGACUGCCCGAAGGCCGUGCACACUGGAACUGCAAUUAGACAAAGUUCAGGAUUGGCUGUAAUUGCAUCGGACCUACCAUAAAAACCAAAAAAAUAAUUGAGUGCCUUAAUUCAACUGUGUUGGUGACUGAUGGGAACACAGCACAGACUGUAACGACAUGGGAGUGUCAUUGAUGAACUAAUAAUUGGGCUGAGGAAGGGAAGUACGUCCAAAUGCGCCAGACAUCAUCAGCAACAAUGUGUGCAUGAGCUCAGCUCGGAAACCCAAACUCAGAUUUUAUAUCAGGAAAAUUCACAAUUUAGUUUUGUUGGGGGGGAGGGGGCUGGGACAGGUGUAUUAACAGCAACAAAUUUCAGUUGAGUGGACUUAAAACUAAUAAGACUUGCCAAUUUGCGCAUUAAACUGUG